AAACCCAAUCAUUCACACCCAUCACAUAAUUCCUGAGACCCCUCUCUGUAUAUACCAGCCCCCACUUCUCCAACUCAACUCUGUCCACUCCAACAUCACUGAUCUGAUCAUCUUCUUCAACCUUAACAAGAUUACUCCAAACCAUGGCCACCGCCGCCGCUGCCACGUCACGAUUUUUCGGAACCCGAAUCUACAACCCGAGUCCAAACACCGGGAGAUUCCAGGCCCGGUUCGGGUUUGGGUUCGGCAAGAAAUCCCCGCCGCCACAAACGCCACCUAAGAAGGCCCAGCCCAAGUUCUCGUCCGGUGAGCGGCUCGUGUGGUUCCCGGGGACCGAGCCACCGGAGUGGCUGGACGGCACCAUGGUUGGGGACCGAGGGUUCGACCCGUUCGGGUUUGCGAAACCCGCGGAGUACUUGCAGUUCGAGCUGGACUCGUUGGACCAGAACCUGGCCAAGAAUGUGGCCGGAGAAGUGAUCGGGGCGAGGGUGGAGACGGCGGAAGUGAAUCCGACGCCGUUUCAGCCUUACUCGGAGGUCUUCGGAAUUCAGAGGUUCCGAGAGUGCGAGCUCAUUCAUGGCCGCUGGGCCAUGCUUGGCGCGCUUGGAGCGAUCGCCGUUGAGGCACUCACUGGCGUUGCAUGGCAAGACGCUGGCAAGGUGGAGCUGGUUGAAGGAUCAUCUUACCUUGGGCAGCCACUUCCAUUCUCACUUUCGACAUUAAUAUGGAUAGAGGUUGUAGUAAUUGGGUACAUCGAGUUCCAAAGAAACGCAGAGCUUGACCCAGAGAAGAGGCUUUACCCUGGUGGGCAAUUCUUUGACCCAUUGGGCUUGGCCAAUGACCCGGAAGAGAAAGAGAGGCUUCAACUGGCUGAGAUCAAGCACGCUCGCCUCGCCAUGGUUGCUUUCCUCAUAUUUGGCAUCCAAGCCGCUGUCACUGGAAAAGGCCCAAUCAGUUUCAUAGCUACCUUUAACAAGUGAUCAUCACGGCCUCUCGAAAAAUACUCAACGGGAGCACCACCGUUGAUAGAAGGUAUGGUUAGCUCCUUUAGUGCACGAUUCACCUUUAGUUAGUAGUAGUGAACGAUGCUCAGCACUAUCGAUGUCUUAUAGUAUUAUUCCGGUAAUUUCUCUUUGUUCAUAAGAGACCUCUAAUAUUUCACUAACGUCCUAUAAUAUGUAUCCAAUUAUUCUUUUGGA